GACAGAGUUAAUUGAAGAAAUAUUUAAAUUUGAAUUUGAAGUUUUAAUAAGUUGCGUAAAUUUAGAAAAUAUUAAGGAAGAUGUUGCCAGAAAAUUGGUUGGGAAUAUUCUUACACGUGAUCUAUAUGAAAACGUUAUAUUAAAGCAAGAUGUAGAUGGAUGUGGUGAAAUGGGCGAAUAUCAUAGCAUGGUAUUAAACGCUCCAUUGUUUAAAAAAAGAAUUGUUAUUAAGAAAGGUAAACAAACGAUUUCAGAGGAUGGAAAGUUUUUAUACUUUGAAGUUCAAGAAUGUGAAUUAGUUGAUAAAACUCGAGACGAAGUGAAGAGUGGAAGGAAUGAAAAGAAGAAUG